AAAAAAAAAAAAAAGGCUCGCCUGCCUUCGCGCAACUUCAAAUCACGUGACUUCGCGGCAACCGCGAACGCCUCACGGCAAGCAGGUCCGAGCAGGCCUGAGGUCAGUCUCGUUUCACAUGAGAAGUGAGCCAAGAUGGGAUGCGAGCUGUCGACCAAACGGAGACGAAAUGUUAAUGAAGCUUAUGAACCGCGAAGAAAUGUGUCCAAAGCGGAGGCGGGCGGUGCCGACAGGAAUGGAGAGCGCUUCCAGGACAGCGGGACGAGCGGACAGGAGAAGUGUUACGACCCGCAGGACCCCACGCUCACAUUCGUGGACGGAGAAGAUCAAUUAGACUUUUUGUGUGACGACUACAAGUCUCUGAGAGCGAAGAUGCCCGGCUGCGGUCACGCCGUCACUCCGAUGUCUCUGACCGCCUGGUGUCGCAGGCUGCUGGACGAGGGCGAGUGUGGAUUUGUGUGUGGACUACCUGACUGUGAUGCUGAGUGGUCCUUCGAGGUGGUUUGUAAAAUGGCUCUACUGAGUCCUGAGGAGGUGGAAGAGUUUGAGAAGAAAAUAUUCAGCAACGCUGCGAGGAGUUACCUGGACGUCAAAGCAUGUCCUCGUUGCAAGUCUCGCGUGGUGAGAAGUGAUCUCAGUGAUCUGAGUGUUCAGUGCACAGCCUGCACAGCUGACAGCAACAGGCCUUAUGUAUUCUGCUGGCAGUGUUUGAAGGAAUGGAGAGGUCCGGCUCCUCGGCCAGACCGCUGUGAGAACGACGACUGCCUGUGCCCGCUGGAAACGCUGUGGACCUGCUCUGAUAUCGCCUUCGAGGACGUGGAGGGGGUCGAUGGCUGCCCCUCCAUCCGAGCCUGUCCCACCUGCGGUUUGCUCAUGGAGCAUAACAGAAAUCAGUGUAAAAACGUGAUAUGUCCCCGGUGUAAGGUGGAGUUCUGCUUCCUGUGCCUGAAGACCACUGAGGAGUGCCAGGAGCUCAACCCAAACUCAUAUUACACAGUUUGUUCCACUGGUGUAGCUCCCAGACAGAACUCCAUACCAGUGUGGCAGAGACUCUAAACUCUGGGACGAUGUCACACCGCGUGAAAAUACAAACUGCAGUUUUUAUUUAUUGUCGUGUUUUGCUUUAAAGGUGCACUACGUAGUU